UCUGUUCUGAUCUACGAAAAGACCCGUGGUGUCCUCAAGGUUUUCCUUGAGAAUGUCAUUCGUGAUGCUGUCACCUACACCGAGCACGCCAAGAGAAAGACCGUCACAGCAAUGGAUGUUGUCUACGCUUUGAAGCGCAAGAUGCCUCCUAAACCAGCCGUAGUAGAAAAGAAAGGCGAGAAGAGAGCAGGCAAAAAGGCUGCCAUCGGUGACAAGAAGAAGAGAAAGUCCAGGAGAAAGGAGUCCUAUGCCAUCUACAUCUACAAAGUCAUGAAGCAGGUCCAUCCUGACACUGGUAUUUCCAGUAAGGCCAUGAGCAUCAUGAACUCCUUUGUCAAUGAUGUSUUYGAGCGCAUCGCUGGUGAAGCUUCCCGACUUGCUCACUACAACAAGAAAUCCACCAUCACUUCUCGAGAAAUCCAGACGGCUAUUCGUCUUCUUCUGCCUGGUGAACUGGCCAAGCACGCAGUCAGUGAAGGCACCAAGGCUGUCACCAAGUACACCAGCAGCAAGUAAACAGUUUUGAACU